AUAUAUAUACCUUUUAAGGACACGAGUCUCUCUGUAACGACUCCGGACUAGGAAGCCACUUCCAUUUUAAGGAUACCGGGUUUGGGGAUCAACGUUUCACUUUGGAGGGGAGGGCGUGUAGGACGCCCUCUUAAGGCUUCCCUUCACCCCUGAUGGCACUACCCGGCUCCUCACAGGCCUGGAGCCUGGAACCUCCCACUCCCACGGCCCCUAACUCCUCGUCCUCGGGCUCCCAGGAGCGGGAGGGCGCCGGGAGCCCAGUGGUCUCCGGGGGGCUUCCCUUGGAGAAGGUGAAACGGCCCAUGAACGCGUUCAUGGUGUGGAGCUCCGCCCAGCGCCGCCAGAUGGCGCAGCAGAACCCGAAGAUGCACAACUCUGAGAUCUCCAAGCGCCUGGGCGCGCAGUGGAAGCUGCUGGGCGAGGACGAGAAGCGGCCCUUCGUGGAAGAGGCUAAGCGGCUCCGGGCCCGGCACCUGCGCGACUACCCCGACUACAAGUACCGGCCCCGGCGCAAGACCAAGAGCGCGGGCGUCGGGUCGCCCCACUUCGGCCAGGGAAGCGGCGGCGUGGCUGGCGGCGGGCCGGUCUGGGGGCCCGGGUACACGACCACCCAGGGGAGCAGAGGCUUUGGGUACCAGCCCCCCAACUACUCGACAGCCUACCUGCCUGGCGGUUACGGCUCUUCCCACUGUAAACCGGAAGCCCCCUCGCCGUGCUCUCUCCCUCAGAGUAACCCAAGGCUCCAGGGGGAGCUGUUCCCCCCCUACAGCCCCUACCCACCCCCAGGCUCUCCCACUCUGUACAACCCUCCCCUCCCAGGGGCCCCCAUGCCCCUAACCCACCUCUAACCCUCAUGGACAUGGACCUCCCAGAGAGGUUUCCAUCCUCCUUUUCGACCCAGAAACACCCCACUACCACCACCACCACCACCACCAUUCCCAGGCUGCAAACCCUGUUCUAGAACUGUGUUGGACCACAGUUCAGAGGAGGUGGGCAGUACCCCCCCCAAAGCCCUGAAAGCCAGUGGGAGCAAAACAAGACAGUUUUUUUUUUUUUUUUUGU